UAAAGGGGAAGUGAGCGGGAUCCGGGUGGACGCGCGGGGCGGCGGUCGGCUAGAGACGCUCCCGGCGCUUCAAAAUAAUGCCCGCGGCGGUCGCUCGACAAUGCAAUGGCGAGCGCUCGUCCUGGGACUGGUGCUGCUACGCCUCGGCCUCCACGCGGUGCUCUGGCUGUUCUUCGGGCUGGGGCCCAGCAUGGGCUUCUACCAGCGCUUUCCGCUCCCCUUCGGCUUCCAGCGUUUGAGGGACCCCGACGGCUCGGAGCCGGUGGGUCCGCCGGAAGGCCCGGCCUGGCUGCAUCGGCCAAAGCGCGGGCCGGAGGGGCGGCUCGAGACCCCGCGGGAGCCGGGGCCGGGCAUGUGCGGCCAGGCGCACUGGGGCUACGCUCUGGGCGGCCGUGGCUGCGGCCCGGACGAGUACGAGCGGCGCUACAGCAGCGCCUUCCCGCCGCAGUUGCGUGCCCAGAUGCGCGACCUGGCACGGGGCAUGUUCGUCUUCGGCUACGACAACUACAUGGCGCACGCCUUUCCGCAGGACGAGCUCAACCCCAUAUACUGCCGCGGCCGGGGGCCGGACCGCGGGGACCCUUCAAAUCUGAACAUCAAUGAUGUCCUGGGAAAUUACUCCCUGACUCUUGUUGAUGCCUUGGAUACACUUGCAAUAAUGGGAAAUUCAUCCGAGUUCCAGAAAGCAGUCAAGUUAGUGAUCAACACCGUUUCAUUUGACAAAGAUUCCACGGUUCAAGUCUUUGAAGCUACAAUAAGGGUUCUGGGAAGCCUCCUUUCUGCUCACAGAAUAAUAACUGACUCCAGACAGCCCUUUGGUGACAUGAAAAUUGAGGAUUAUGAUAACGAAUUAUUGUACAUGGCCCAUGACCUGGCCGUGAGGCUCCUACCAGCUUUUGAAAACACCAAGACAGGGAUCCCCUAUCCUCGGGUGAAUCUGAAGACGGGUGUUCCCCCUGACAGCAAUAAUGAAACCUGCACAGCGGGUGCUGGUUCUCUCCUGGUGGAAUUUGGUAUUCUGAGCCGACUGCUGGGGGAUUCCACUUUUGAGUGGGUUGCCAGACGAGCUGUGAAAGCCCUCUGGAACCUUCGGAGUAACAACACAGGAUUGCUAGGCAAUGUUGUGAACAUCCAGACAGGCCACUGGGUUGGCAAGCAGAGUGGCCUGGGUGCCGGGCUGGAUUCAUUCUAUGAAUACCUCUUGAAGUCUUACAUCCUUUUUGGAGAAAAGGAAGACCUGGAGAUGUUUAAUGCUGCAUAUCAGAGCAUCCAGAGCCACCUGCGAAGAGGCCGGGAAGCCUGCAAUGAAGGAGAAGGGGACCCACCACUCUAUGUCAACGUGAAUAUGUUCAAUGGGCAGCUCAUGAACACCUGGAUUGACUCUCUGCAGGCUUUCUUCCCUGGGCUGCAGGUUCUGAUAGGGGAUGUGGAAGACGCCAUCUGCCUCCACGCCUUCUACUAUGCCAUAUGGAAACGGUACGGGGCCCUCCCUGAGCGCUACAACUGGCAGCUCCAGGCCCCUGAUGUUCUCUUCUACCCACUGAGACCAGAGUUAGUGGAGUCCACCUAUCUUCUCUACCAGGCAACCAAGAAUCCCUUCUACCUCCAUGUAGGAAUGGACAUUCUGCAGAGUCUGGAAAAAUACACAAAAGCCAAAUGUGGGUAUGCCACGCUGCAUCACGUCAUAGACAAGUCUAAAGAGGACCGGAUGGAGAGCUUCUUUCUCAGUGAGACCUGUAAAUACUUGUAUCUGCUGUUUGACGAAGAGAAUCCAGUACAUAAAUCUGGAACCAGAUACAUGUUUACAACAGAGGGCCACAUCAUAUCUGUUGACAAGCAUCUUCGGGAAUUGCCUUGGAAGGAUUUCUUUGAAGAUGGAGAGCGGGACCAAGAGGAAAAGUUUGUGCACAGGCCUAAGUCUCAGGAGUUCAGAAUCAUUAACUCCAGUUCUAACUGCAACCGUGUUCCUGACGAGAGGAGAUACUCCCUGCCCUUGAAGAGCGUCUACAUGCGCCAGAUCGACCAGAUGGUUGGCUUGAUUUGACCUGCUCACCUCAGUGUGGUCAGACCUUAAACCAAAUCCAAGCAUACCAAAACCUCCUCUAAGAUGGAAGGGUUGGAGUCUGUUGUCUAUGAUGCGGUAGAAGUUUCUGUCCAGCUCUUACCUCUGGUUGAUUCUUGCACCUAGUGUUUCCCUUCUCUUUAAUAAAACACUGUAUUUUUCUGAAGGAUACAAUUAGAAACAGGAAGCUAUAUGGGAGCUUCUUGUGAUACGCUGAUGUUCUUAAGCACAAUGGCUGCGCCUCUUUGGAUUGUUCUUCCCAACUUCACACGUAGAAUGCCUGUCUCUUGUCACUUUGUCUCCACUUGCUGUGCUGAAGUAUUGCUACCUCUCUGCUAGAGGAUCAGGGAUGAAAGUCCUGUGGAAAGGUCCUGAGGUUUACUUGGCAUCACUACUUACAGCAAUGCAAAUCUCAUCCCUUCUCUCUCUUAUGUGAUCAUCAUGCUGUUCCCAAAUAGCCAGCCAUGAUUUUGGAUCACAUGGUCUAUUUAUGUCUUAAAGUAAUUUAUACAGUGUUAUUUGUUUUAGUGUAACGGUCUAGCCAGAAAUCCUCCAGGUAGCCUCUAAAGUUAGAUUGGAAUCUACGAGAUAACAGAUCUUUUGAGCUAUAAUGCAUUUAUUUUCAACAUCAACUUACCUGAAGAACUCAUGGUUCCAGAACCAGGUGCCUUCUAGGGAGAGGAAAACCUUAGGAUUGUGUGAGCUUCCAUCUCUUGUGUUUCAUAACCAAGGAUGCUCGACGCUGACCGUCUUUGGGUUAGUCUUCUGUUCUUGUUGUCUUAUGUGUAGUGCCAAUUAGAUAAUCAGGGACAAAGAAAUGAUGAGAUGACUUUCUGACAUCCUUGAGCCAUUUCUCUAUGUGAUACAGGCUUUAGAUUAGUGCCUUAUGGGUUUUGUUUGGGCCAUUGGCUAUCGCAGCCACUGUGGUGACUGUUGACAGCUGGUUUUAUAUUGCCAUAUGAUAGAACCAAUUAAGAGCAGGGUGGGCAUGAGGAAGAUUCCUGAAAACCAAUUUGUCAGUCUUUGCCUUUUAACCUGUGAUUUUAGCCAGGCAUAAAGGAGGAAAUUAAGAGGAGAUACUUUUUAUUCUCUUUAGCAAACAGAAAGCUCUCUGAAUUUACACUGACUGUUCCUAAGAAACAGAGCUGUGUCUGACCCUGGAGCCUGACCUCCUUGCAUUGUGACAUGUCCAAAGGCAUCCUAGGCAAAGGGCGAGGCAUCUAUGAGAAAGCCAAUCCAGCCUCACGUGUCUUGUGUCUUCCCUGUACUGUUUAUGCACUUAAGAUUAGUUCAUUUCAGUGUUCUGUAGCUAGGAAAAAAGCCUCUGAACCAUCUGAUUUUAGUCAAAAGAGAGAAAUUCUAUUCUUCAAAAUGUGUUACUGUUUUGAAAAGAGAUAUGUCAUUCAGUUCCUUGGCAUUCUUAGAAUGGGGAUUUCAGUAGUGAAUGUGUCACCUUUUAAACACUUACUAUGCAAUUGGUUUUAUUUAUUUGUUACAAAUAUUAAAUGCUUGUUUUCUUUGAUUUCACAAGUAUUGUUCUAUAUGUAUCAACAGUGUCUCAUCUACUGUACAAAAAGCUUUGAGAAAAUUACCUAUUUUAUGUUUUUGUUAAUUUAGUAAAAGUGUUAAAAAUGUGCAUGUACAGGCGUGUGUGUGCGCCCCUCCCUUUUUAACCUUUGCUCCAGGCAAAUUCACGUGUGACUGUGAACAAUCCACUAGGGACAGUUGAAGACCUUUCAGGGAAGAAAGCACCAUCUCCGUGCUUCUCCUCUCUACUGUCUUCCCAUUUCUUUGGUUCUGUGGCAGCAGUAGUGUAUGUCAGCACCCAGCAGUCUUCUCACCUGGCCUUCACCUAUCACUCUCGAACGGGUUUGGGUUAUUUCUUCUCCCUGUGCUCCUAAAAUAGUGAUCUGUGUCUGGAAGUAUCAUGGUGCCUUGAGUGCUCUCAGUGGCUCUCAGGGGGUACAGGCAGACAUGCAGUGCAUUUUAUUGAGUCUCAAACCCUCUUGACUUUUGGGUACUGGACUUUUUACCUGUUGAGAAGACUGGGGGCUAAGUAAGACAAUGCCUGUAAGUCAUAGUUAUUGAGCUUCUAGAUUGCUCAAUGAUUGUGGGGCCAGGUGAAGAACACUGCCCGCUGCCAGUCAUAUAAAAAGCAUUUGAGUCAAGUUCAAAGCUGACUUGCUUGCUUUCUGAACAAUCAGAAUGUCAUCAGCUGCUAUGUAUAUCUUGCAGUAUGUUUGCUGUUCCUUCUAGUCUGCGUGCUGAAAUAUGGAUAGAAAUUCUCUAAUUCAUUCGUCUGUUCCAAGAAUAUCUGGAAUGUAAACAGAUAGCCUCACAGAUGUUUGAAACAUCUGUAGAGUGGACCAUGCUUAUGUUCCCAGGAGUAGCCAGUGUCUAGUGUCCAGUUCAGCCAGCAUGUUUGAAGUGUAACAAGCUGCCUUAUGGUUAGGUGUGGUAGAGCCUGGUUCUCCUAUAACCAAUAGGCUUGCCUUAGCUGCUCUAAACACUGUGACAGAGAAACUCCAUUCUCCUAGAAGAGGGGACACAAAGGAAUGCUUGGUGGUUCUCAGAUUGCUUUGGCCAUUAUGAAAAACAGGUUUGUUUCCCAAAGCUUCCCUUUAGUUUCUUCCUGAUCUGCCAGAGCUGGCUUUUUGUAACUGAAUUGCUAGGACUUUUCUUGUCUUGGAUUGUGGCCUCUGCACAUGAUAUUCAAAUAGUUUUCUGUGUGCUGAAGGGAAAGCACAUGAGGGUAGGUGAGUGUCAGGGACUCAAUAUUUUCCUGGUGUGAUUAAGUGCAGAUGUCUCCAUGCCAUCUCUCCUCUCACCCCUGUGGAAUAAAAUAUCCCUCUUAGCCAUCUCCUCAGCUCGGUUGGUGGAUGGGUGCCCACUGUAGCUCUUCACUUUGGGUCUCAUAGACUCUACAUCAGACAACCUUCCCUUCAGGGCUCUGAGGUCUUGCUCUCUUGACAUGUACACGUUUAGUGCUGGUCAGAGGCCAGGCCUGAGUGGUCACUGCAGUCACAGAGUGGCUGAACAGGGACUUGAGAAGAAGGUGCUGAUCUUUGCUUUUCUGUUCCAGGUGUCCAGCACCUACUCUAGUGCCUCUUCCCUGCGGGGCAGGGACUCCUUGUGACUUGGAGAAGGCUAUGUAUGGUGGUGGGGCAAUGUGGCCCCGAUUAAGCAGGGCUCAGGGUCAUGGUCCCUCUUGAUUUUGGAUGUGAAUCUCCUAAAGAUGUUGAGUACCUGUGAAACCCUACUUUACUACCUUCCUCUUUCUGAGAGGUUUUCAGGUCUUUUGUUUUAGCGUUCAAUAGCAAGCCACAAAGCUAUGUUUUUAUUUAUUACACACACGGAACGUAAAUCUGUUUUUACAAAACAAAAAUCUAGAGUUGGAAACUCUGGGAUAACUUACCGAGAUGCACAAAUGCUUCUCUUUCUGUGUGAUGUGCAAUAUGCUUGACAACCAUUGAUAUUUUGUGUUUAAUCUGUAAAUAAGAAAUGUAUUUAAAUUAAAUGGGAGAUUUUUGUAAAAGGACCAAAUGUUCUUUUAUAAAUGUACUAAGGAAUAUCUUGCUCUUUGAAAUUUAU